UGGAUUUGAAAGGCAAAACUAAAGACGGUCUUGCAGCUAGGAAAGAUAUGACUAUUUGGUGUGAUAGACCCGAACUUUCUGUUGAUCUAGAAUAUCAGGGCAAGGAAGUUCCAAAAGCAGUCUACCAGGUCACAGAACCACAAAAGGCAGCAAUAUUACAAUGGCUUGCGUCUCAGAAGUUUCCAGAUGGCUACUGCUCCAACUUGUCUAGAUGCGUAGACAUGAACAAACUUACCACGACGACGAGCAUGAAAACUCACGAUGCUCAUGUAAUAAUGCAAAGACUUCUACCAAUUGCACUAAAAGAGAUGCUUCCUGAACACGUAUGGUCCUGCAUUACUGAAAUCAGUUUGUUGUUUCAAUCGAUAUGUUCCAGCGUUUUGGAUGCGGCAUCCCUCCGAAGACUACAAGAUUCUGUUCCCAUUCUGAUGUGUAAUCUAGAAAAAAUAAUGCCUCCAUCGUUUUUCGAUACAAUGGAACAUCUUAUAAUACAUCUUCCGUAUGAGGCUUUGACUGCUGGGCCCGUCUUCUAUCGCUGGAUGUACAAAUUUGAAAGAUUUCUAGGAGAGCUGAAAAAGAAAGUGACCAACAAGGCACACGUUGAGGCUUCAAUUUGUCAAGCGUAUCUUCAACAAGAAAUCUCAACGUUCUCGUCUUUUUACUUCGAGCGUGACGUCAUCACCAGAAGGAAGAGACCUGCCCGGAACGAUGACAUUGGCGAGGAUUUAUAUGAAAAUGUAGUUUCCAUCUUCAAUUACCCAGGCAGAGGUAAAGGUGCUGCGACACAACGAUACAUCGUGGGUGGGGAAUUGCAAAUUGCACAUACUUAUAUCCUCAUGAAUUGUCCAGAAAUCUCACCGUUUUAUCAUGAAUUCAGAGCUUCUUUAUCAGCCUUUCCUGAGAAUCAAAUUGAUGCAUUGGUAGACUCUGAUUUUGUAAAUUGGUACAAGUAUCAGAUCAAUAGUCGUGGGAUUGUCGACCCUUUGUUAGUAUCAUUAGCGUGGGGCCCUAGUGCCAGUGCCAAAGUGUGGCGGCAAUAUGUGAUAAACGGUUACACAUAUCACACAGCCGAUUACGGAGAGGGCCGACCAACAACGAACAGCGGGUUAUGUGUCCCGACCAUCGGUUAUGAUAACUCGGAAACCAAUUUUUUUGGUGUCCUG